ACUUUCCUCCAGCCCUGUCAUUUCAGCUCUGACACCAAGGCGAGAGGCUAGAAUACCGUCUGGGUGGCUGGUGUGAGUCAGAGGGUACUGGGGGGGGGGCUUAGCCCCCAAAGAAGAGGACCAGGCCUUCCCCAGCACUACCUUCAAGACCCCAGGGGCUCCCUCUUCCCUCCACAGACUGUGGCCUGACUUAGGGAACCUCAAAUGAUGACAGAGAAGGAGAUGCUCGAGUCCCCUAAGCCCUCCAUCCCAGCAGAGACUCGGCAAAGUGGGCUCCAGCGGCUGAAGCAGUUAUUCAGGAAGGAGUCUACAGAGACAAAGGAGAUGGAGCUCCCCCCAGAGCCCCAGGCCAAUGGGGAGGCAGUGGGAGCUGGGGGGGGCCCCAUCUACUACAUCUAUGAGGAAGAGGAGGAGGAGGAAGAAGAGGAGGAGGAGCUGCCCCCAGAACCUCCUAAGCUUGUCAAUGAUAAGCCCCACAAAUUCAAAGAUCAUUUCUUCAAGAAGCCCAAGUUCUGUGAUGUCUGUGCCCGGAUGAUUGUGCUCAACAACAAGUUUGGGCUUCGCUGUAAGAACUGUAAAACUAACAUCCAUAAACACUGUCAGUCCUAUGUGGAGAUGCAGAGGUGCUUCGGCAAGAUCCCCCCGGGUUUCCAUCGGGCCUACAGCUCCCCACUCUACAGCAACCAGCAGUACGCUUGUGUCAAAGAUCUCUCUGCUGCCAAUCGCAAUGACCCUGUGUUUGAAACCCUGCGCACAGGGGUGAUCAUGGCAAACAAGGAACGGAAGAAGGGACAGGCAGAUAAGAAAAAUCCCCUAGCUGCCAUGAUGGAAGAGGAGCCAGAAUCUGCCAAACCAGAGGAAGGCAAACCCCAGAAUGGAAACCCUGAAGAGGAUAAGAAGGCUGAAAAGAAGACACCUGAUGACAAACACAAGCAGCCUGGCUUCCAGCAGUCUCAUUACUUUGUGGCUCUCUAUCGGUUCAAAGCCCUGGAGAAGGACGAUCUGGAUUUCCCGCCUGGAGAGAAGAUCACAGUAAUUGAUGACUCCAAUGAGGAAUGGUGGCGGGGGAAAAUAGGAGAGAAAGUCGGAUUUUUUCCUCCAAACUUCAUCAUUCGGGUCCGGUCUGGAGAGCGUGUGCACCGCGUAACGAGAUCCUUCGUGGGGAACCGCGAGAUAGGGCAGGUCACUCUCAAGAAGGACCAGAUCGUGGUGCAGAAAGGAGAUGAAGCUGGGGGCUACGUCAAAGUCUACACAGGCCGCAAGGUGGGGCUGUUCCCCACCGACUUCCUGGAGGAGAUUUAGGCGUGCAAGCGCCUGCUGGCAGGAGAUACCCAAACCCCAUUCUGGGCGGGCCCAGAGGAGGCUGGGGAGGAAGGGAGCCAAAGCAACUGUACUGCUGGCUUAGGGAGGAGUGGAAAGGCCCACCAGAGCGUGAGGAGGCUUCUGGGAAGGGACCGGUUCCGACUCCCUACCCCGGCCUUAGGGCCUCAGAUACCUGGUGCCCAGAACAGCGUCACCCACGACCCUCAGGGUACACAGCCUGUGGAAGCUGGAAAAAGAAUGAACUCCACUAGGGGGCGCCCUGGGGAUGUGGGAGGUGAGCUUUGGAAUCAUGCGAUUUUAUUAAAGUUUUGACAAAAGUUA